AUGAGCUUCUCUGAGCAUUUCUCCCUGGCCAACAUUCCGUACGGCAUUGCCAGCACUGCCGAACAUCCUAAGGGCGUAGCCACGAGAAUUGGCGAUUUGGUUGUAUUUCUUGCGGAUUUGGGCCUCGAUGCUUCCAAGCAGGUCCAAGACGCGCUGUCCCAGCCAACUCUCAAUGUCCUAGCCGCCAUAGGGAAGGACGAACUCCGUAUGCUCAGAAAGAAUAUUCAAACCACCUUGUCCGAUCAGUCGGUGGUUUCAAAACACGGCGUCCCGAUUGAACAUGUUCAUCUGCAUCUGCAUUUGCCGGUGCAGAUUGGCGGUUUCACCGACUUCUCUUGCUCCAAGGAACACUUGUUGAAUGCAUCAGCGGCCGUUAUGGGACAGGCGUCGAUGCCGCCCGCAGCACCAUAUCUUCCGAUCGGGUACAGCGGUCGGCCGUCCAGCAUCGUGGUCUCGGGAACGAAAAUCACUCGCCCAUACGGUCAGUUUCGUGAUGGAGACAAGAUUGGGUUCGGACCAUGCAGAGCUCUUGACUACGAGCUGGAGGUAGCUUGCAUCAUUGGAAAGGCGACGGAACUUGGCGACCGGGUUGCGAUUUCUGAUGCCGACGAGCAUGUCUUCGGCCUUGUUCUGUUGAAUGACUGGAGUGCUCGUGACAUCCAAGGGUUCGAGAUGAACCCUCUCGGCCCAAUGAACGGCAAGUCUUUUGGAACUUCAAUCAGCCCUUGGGUGAUAACCCUUGAAGCCCUCGAGCCUUUUGCGACACGGCCGCCCACAAAGGACGUACCAGCGCAGCCUUACCUGCUCGACCACAAAGAAAAGUCAAGCUACAACAUUGCCCUCAAAGCCGAGGUGUUGGCGGACGGGCAGACCACGACGGUAUGCACGGCGCAGCUCAGCUGGAUGUAUUGGACGUUUCGAGAUCUUGUAGCGCAGCAGACGAUCAACGGUUGCAACCUCAACACGGGUGACGUUUUGGCUACGGGUACGGUGUCGGGUGCUGGCGACGACGAGCACGGCUGUCUGCUUGAGAUGACCAAGGGUGGCACGGUGAGUUGGAAGACAUCUGACGGUCAAGAAAGAACAUAUCUGCAAGAUGGCGACGGAGUGCGCAUGAGCGGCUAUGCUGGCGACGGCGUGGGGUUCGGGAAUUCGAUUCGCGAGGCGGCAAAGAAGAUUGACUGGAACUUGGAAGCCGCAUGCGCAGGCGGGAGCGCCGGUCCUCGAGUCGAGGCCAGGUGCUCCGAGCCGAUCACUGAGCCCCAGCUGGCCCUUCUGACGUCGGUCGAGCUGGUCUCGGUUUCCGAAAGUGGCAGGCCUAAGCACCUGCACCUCCGUUGGUGCGGAUGUGUCGCAGUGAAAGUGCGGCAAUGGGUUUGA